AUGUCGCAACAGAGCUUCGGAAGCGCCCGCGGCGUUGCCCGUGUCGGCUCAGCCAGCGCUCUUCCCGAACACCUCAUCCCGGAUAAUAUCCAUGGACACCUCAGCGCAACGGCGCCACAGGGCAGCAUGAUGGACGAGAGGGCGCUGAUGUCGCUCUCCCAGAAUGUGUACUUCGGGAAGUGCUCCGUGCAGAUAAACGAGUACGGAAUCAAGGUGCCCACACUGUGGAGGAAUGCGAGUGCAGCGGUGCUCACGCACCACGCGCUGCUCUACGAGGCCAACACGGUCCUCAAUACCACCGGGGCGGUGUGCUGCAAGUCAGGCGAGAAGACCGGCCGCUCUCCGGCCGACAAGCGCACGGUGAUGGACGAGGUCUCGAAGGACAACGUCUGGUGGGGGAAGGUCAACAUCGAGCUCUCGGAGCUCGCUUACGCCAUUAACCGCGAGCGUGCCAUUGACUACAUCAAUCUGCAGCAGCGGGUCUACAUCACCGACGCAUACGCCGGGUGGGACGCAGAGCACCGCAUCAGGGUGAGGGUCAUCAGUACUCGAGCUUACCACGCGUUGUUCAUGAAGAAUCUGCUCAUAGAGCCCACCGCGGAGGAAUUGGCGACGUUCGAGCCCGAGUUCGUGCUGUACAACGCUGGCGCGUUCCCGUGCAACCGUUACACCAGGGGUGUCUCGAGUUCCACGUCGAUCUGCCUGAGCUACAAGCGCAUGGAGAUGGUUAUCCUAGGAUCUGAGUACGCCGGAGAGAUGAAGAAGGGAAUCUUCACACUCAUGAUGUACCUCAUGCCGCUGAAGGGGCUGCUGCCACUUCACUCCUCCUGUAACGUUGGCCCCAACAACGAUGUCACCCUGUUCUUCGGACUCUCGGGUACCGGAAAGACUACUUUGUCGGCGGAUCCGUCGAGGAGGCUCAUUGGUGACGACGAACACGUGUGGACUGAUAAGGGCGUGUUCAACAUCGAGGGAGGGUGUUACGCGAAAUGCAAGGACCUUUGCCGCGAGAAAGAACCCGAGAUUUUCGACGCUAUACGUUUCGGAGCGGUGGUGGAGAACGUGGUCUACGACGUCGUCUCCCACGAAAUCGACUACACCGACUGCUCCAUCACGGAGAACACCAGGUGUGCCUACCCCUUGAGCCACAUCCCCAACGUCAUCAUCCCCGCGAAAAUCGAUUCACACCCGUCUAACAUCAUCUUCCUCACCUGCGAUGCCUUCGGAAUCAUCCCCCCGGUCAGCAAGCUCACGAUCGAGCAGGCCAUGUACCACUUCGUCAGCGGCUACACCAGCAAGAUGAUCGGCACGGAGAUGGGUGUCACCCGCCCCACGGCCACCUUCUCGGCCUGCUACGCUGAGCCUUUCUUGGCCAUGCACCCUAUGGUCUACGCCAAGCUGCUGGAGCAGAAGCUACAGAAACACUCAACCGACAUAUGGUUGCUGAACACCGGGUGGAUUCAGGGAGCCGUCGAUUCCAAAAAGGGACGCCGCAUUCCGCUCAAGUACACGCGCGCCAUCGUUGAUGGUAUCCACAACGGAACGCUCAAGAACGCCAAGUACGAGCAGAUGCCCGUCUUCGGACUUAUGGUGCCUGUGGAGGUGGAAGGCGUCCCUGCCGACGUGCUCAACCAGCGCCUUGGUUGGGGCUCAGCCGACUACGAUGUCAAGGUGGAGGAGCUGGCGCGGAAGUUCGCUGAAAACUUCAAGCAGUACCAGUCGGAGGCCAACGAGAGCAUCCUGCGCGGAGGGCCGGUGCAGCAGUAG